AUGCACGAGGCGCAUUCUAUUACUACUCCUAUGGUUGGUGGUUCAAUUGUUUCUGAAUUCUCCGGUGAAAAAUUUUCUGAUGUUCACUUGUAUAGAAGUAUUGUUGGUGUCCUUCAAUAUGUUACUAUUACACGUCCUGAGUUAGCUUAUAGUGUGAAUAAAGUCGGUCAAUUCAUGCAUGCUCCUUCUCUGGUUCAUUGGCAAGCUGUUAAGUGUAUUUUACAUUAUUUACGGGGCACAAUUGAUCAUGGUUUGAUCUUCCACAAACCUAAGGAUCUUUCACUUCAAGGUUAUGUCGACUCCGAUUGGGCGUCUGAUCCUGAUGAUCGUAAAUCUACAUCUGGUUACUGUGUAUUUUUUAGUACAACAAAUAUGGGGAUGAAGGAUGUUUAUAAGAAUCAUAUUUGA